UUCAUCCCACAACAGGCUUCUCUCUCUCUCUCUCUCUCUCUCUCUCUCUCUAGAAGCUUAAUCCAGCUCAAAAAGCACUUUUCUAUCUUCCUCUCAGCUGAUAGAUCAAGCAUUUUACCAGAAAAAAAAAAAAAGCAAAAAAUACAGGGACUUUGAAAUGGCAAGCCCAUUCAAAGACCAAUCUCAUCACUCAUUAUCUCUGGCCAAAAAGCUCUUGCCUUAUGCAAUCUAUGUCCUCCUCCCCAUUGCUGUAAUCCGCUUGUACUUAUACACUCCCUCUCUCCCUCUCACCUCCACAGAUCACCUCCCUCACUCCAGAGAAAUUACCAUCUCAACCUCCUCUCCUACUCCAUUACCCCACAUUUCCUCCUCUCAAGAAAAGGCUAAAGAAACUACAUCUACAUGUGACUACACCAGGGGCAAAUGGGUCCAUGAAAAGCUGGAUCCUUUGUACAAUGGCACAACCUGUGGGACAAUCAAGGAAGGUCAGAACUGCAUCACUCAUGGAAGAACUGAUUUGGGUUAUCUCUAUUGGAGGUGGAAACCGAGCAAGUGCCAGCUCCCCAGGUUUGAACCCAGCACUUUUCUCCAACUCAUUAGCAACAAGCACAUAGCUUUUGUAGGGGAUUCCAUGGCCAGGAACCAGUUGGAGUCCCUCCUCUGCAUGCUUGCCACUGCCUCUCCUCCCAACCUUGUUUACACAGAUGGGGAGGAGAGGAAGUUUAGGAAAUGGAAUUUCCCGUCCCACAAUGCCAAUUUAUCGGUUUAUUGGUCACCAUUUCUUGUGAAAGGGGUUGAGAAAUCACCAAAUGGUCCAAAUUAUAAUAAAUUGUAUUUGGAUCAAGUUAAUGAAAGGUGGGCCGCAGAUUUGGGGGGAUUUGAUAUGAUUGUAUUGUCAGUUGGGCAUUGGUUUUUGCACCCAGCAGUGUAUUUUGAGGGGGAUGAUGUUCUGGGGUGCCAUUUUUGCCCUGGAUUAAACCACACUGAGAUUGGAUUCUAUGAUGUGUUGAGGAAAGCUGUGAGGACUACUCUCAAUACCAUAAUUGAGAGGAGAGGGAAUGGGAAUGGGAUUGAUGUGGUUCUGACGACGUUUUCGCCUGCGCAUUUUGAAGGGGAAUGGGACAAGAUUGGGGCUUGUUCAAAGACCAAACCCUACAAGGAGGGGGAGAAGCAGCUUGAAGGGAUGGAUGCCGAGAUGAGGCAGCUUGAGGUGGAAGAAGUGGAAGCGGCCAGGGCAAAUGGGAAGAAAUUCGUAGGGUUUAGGCUGGAGGCAUUGGAUGUGACAAAAUUGUCCUUGAUGAGGCCAGAUGGGCAUCCAGGGCCUUACAUGAAUAAGUUUCCAUUUGCUGAUGGGGUACCUGAGAGGGUGCAGAAUGAUUGUGUGCAUUGGUGCUUACCAGGGCCUAUUGACACAUGGAAUGAGAUUCUGCUGGAGGUUAUGAAGAAAUGGAAACAAAGGAAGUGAAUUGAGGAGAAGAACUUUCAUGUAACGGUGAUGCUACUGUGGCGGUAUUCCAAGCCGCACUUCAAUGUUGGAAAAUUAGCUUUGACAUUGCGUGAUUGGUUUGGAAUAGUGACUCGAUGGCAUCCCUGUUGUUGGUAAGUUUCUUUCGAGAAUUAAGGAGAGCAAAAUGAGUUAUUACUGAAUCAGAUUGAUGGGUUUUGUUUGUUUGUUUCAUUCUUAUUCCCAGUUUGUGUGGUGGUUACGAAUCUGGGAGAAGGCCAAAUGAAGGGGAAGACAAACUGCAUUGACUGUUGUUCUGUUGUAAUGGAAGAAUGAGUUGAUUGUAAGAUUUGUUGGAGAAGGUUUGAGAGGGGCGCGGACAAAAACGUGAGUUACGCCGGUUGGUCAAGGUGGUGUGUUUGCUCCGUUACAUCUAAGUUCGAAACUCUUGUCACGUUGACUACAAUUUUCAGCCUUCAAAUUCUGUUCCAAUAUUUUGGGAAUUUGUGUGGUUGCAAGUUUGUAUCUUUUAAAUGUGUCUUGCUUCCCAACUUUUAUGGACAUUUCUAACCUGAACGAAAUGGAAAUACCUUAAAUUUUUCGAAGUAAUAUGUCAUAAUUCGGAGUA